AUUCCCAGGCUGAUCAGCGGGUAGGAAUGAAACAACUGCAUGAGUAACACAGCGGAGUGAAGAGCAACACUAGAGUGAGUUUACCGACGCAGUAUUUGGUGCAUGGGACUGUACAGCAAGACUGUUGGACCAACCAGUAGGAGAACUGCAUGAGUAGUGUAGCCAAUUGUCAAGGAUCGAGGACGACCAACACAAAACUCAAAGUGUUGGACUAUCAAAAGACUGAGUGAACAAGGUGUUUUUAAUCGGAGGAAAUGUUCACCAACAACUUUUGCUGUAUGCCUGCAAUAUAAGCAGUCUAGAAAGGAUUUAUUCUUUGAAAGAAGAUAAUUUGGACAAAGUUCGAAAUCAUCAGAGAUUAUAUAGAUGUUAAGAAUAUAAAAAUCAUCAUGGAUACUUGUCUUUUUAGCUCAGUCUUCAGACUUCUUUUGACCACCAUACUGAUUUCAAGAUGUACAUGUAGUGCAGAAUUAGUAGUCGCAGAAUCCCCUUCGGACAUAGUUGUUGCCCUGGGUUUUCCCGCCGUGUUCCACUGCUCGGGGCAAUACAAUCCACACAUGGAGUCGCUCUAUACGAUAGUGGAAUGGAAGCACAACAAUGUGGUUAUCACUCCCGGUGGGCGCUUUCACGUCUUCUCAAACGGAACGCUCGACAUCAAAAGGACAGAGAUCGGGGAUGCUGGAAACUAUAGCUGUAAGUUGACGAUCGAAGAUGCAUACGGCGUUGUGAGGGAUACCCAAACUUUGCCGGCUGCAUGGCUCUACUUUGCCUUUCUUGAUGAUAUCUUUUACCAGCCAACCAACAUGACGGUGGUUGACCUGCAGUCCGCACCUGCUUACUUUCAGUGUAUCACCGGUGAUAGUUUGCCACUAGCCACUAUCAGCUGGGAAAAAGAUGGUGUGCCAUUGGUCGAUGACCAAGACAACGUGGUCAUCUAUUCUUCCCAAUUUGGAGACCAAAAUUCUCUCAAGGUGUCUGGAACACUCCAAAUCAACAAUGUCCGUUCGGUCCAUGCCGGUCACUACCGAUGCGUGGUCACCAAUCCCUACCUGCCUGACCACCCAGCAAGGAGUUGGCCAGCCACUCUAACCGUUGGACCCAAUCCUGGUGCUCCAUAUGUCAGCCUCGCCCCGACCAGUCAGGUAGUAGCGAUGGGGCAAGCGGCCAUCUUUCCUUGUGUCAUCCUCGGCGAUCCUGCCCCAGCCAUCACCUGGCUCGAGGAAGGAGCAGCUACGAACAUUGUGAACUCCACCGAGGUCCAGGUCCUCUUAAACGGUUCCCUGAGGUUCUCGUCAGUCACCCAAGCCCAGGAGGGUAGCUAUGUGUGCACCGGGACCAGCAUGCUUGGGACUGUGUCCGCCCCCAGCGUCACACUUUUCUCAGCGAGUAUGGACUGGAGCUUUGUGAUAGAGCCCACUGAUCUUGAUGUCCUAGAGGGGUCACCUUCGACCUUCUUCUGCCGGCCGCCAUUCAGCCGACCUGCAGCCAACGUCACAUGGUACAAGGACUCUCUCCUCUACACCCCACGAACAGGAGCGCAGAUAUUGAGUAAGUAGGAAUGAAACCGGGGAAUUAAAAGCAUUCAUGAGCAGACCAUAUACCUGGAAUAUUUCACUAUUUUCCUGUCAAUCAUGUGGUCUAAUUUGGUCCAGUUUAUAUCAUAGCCAUCUGGGUCCCGUCUUACAAAGUGUUACGAUUGAUCUGAUCAUCUUAAACUAUAUGGAAAUCCAACAUUGUCUUAUUUUUUUCCUCCAGAAAAUGUGCAUGGUGUCCUUUGUAAACAAAGAGAAGCACACUGAAUUUUCAAGAAAACAAUGAAUGUAUGAUUGUACAUCACAGCUAGAGUAUAUUUUGAACAAACAUGCAUUUUUGAUGUUAAUUUUGCUUGGCUUUCCAUAGUUAUGGUUGAUCAGAUCAAUCGUAACUCUUUGUAUGAUGGGGCCUUGGCCCCAUAUCCACACAGUCAAGGGCACAUCUUAGUCCAUAAAGACAACCUAGGGCCCGUUUCAUAAAGACUUGUUAUUAUAACAAAUGCACAAUUUCUAUAACAAAUUUUCUCUCAGCCCAUCAGAUUAAAGGAUUUCAGUAGCUUUUAACUGUUAUUGUGAGUUUGCUAUUGUAACAAGUUUUAUGAAAACGGAUCCCUGGUCAGUCUGCACAGAAAUAUUGUAAGCUCUAAAGGAGCACUAACAGUAGACCCAUUCACAUCUUUUGGAUUAUGAUGUCAUACGUUGAUCCAAGAUGUAAUAACAUUGUUGUUGUGACCUUAGGCAUCACUGCAACAUUGACAGUUGUAUCAGGCCCUCUGUUAAUGCUCUUUUAGCACUUACAGCAUUUCAGUGCAGCAGGUACUGAUUAUUAGUACAGUCAUUUUUCCAGAAAUCAGGCAUGGAAAUUGGACAAAUUGCAACAUAAAUUACUUCAGGGGUUUUGGCUGUUUAACAUGCAAAUUGACAUGACAACAUUCAAGUCUAACUAUUAAAUCUAAGUGGUGGAGAGUAUAUAAACAGCUCUGCCCCAAUCACAUUCAUAUUCAAACUGGGCGUUGUGGCAUGCGCCUGUAAUCCAAGCUGUGGGGAAGUUACAAAUUGAUGCAGAGGUUCGAGCCCUGGUCACGUCUUUCGGAUGGUGACGUUAAAGGUCGGUCCCAGACGUAAAUAAUCAUAUCUGAUUGAUACACGUCUGACAAAACUCAAAUACACACACACAUUCAUAUAAUAUUCUGACUUAAUCCAUUGACUAGGCUGUAUGUAAUCCCCUUAUGAGAAAUGGCAAGCACAUUUCUACUUAGUUUAGUCUAGAUAAUCAGGCUCUAAUUAAACAAGGGCAGCACAAUCACAAUAAAUCAUCUAAUUGGGGCAUGUACAUGUUCAGUAUGUGAGAAUGUUUAAAUUUCACUGUAUAUUCCCAUUUCAGCUAUUUCAUGUGACCUUCAACUUGACCUUUUGAGUUUAGUAGAUUAAUCUUCAUUUAUGUUCAUGGGAUCAUCAAGGCACACACAUCCAGACGUUGUAUUGUAAUGUUUGUGCAUGGCAUUUCGGAUCAUAAUUCAGGCUUAAUUUGAAGGAUUUAGCUUUCAAAGGAUUAAGAUUUUACUUUCAAAAUGUUCCAAUGUUCAAAUUGGUUAUGACUGCAACAUCUAUAUUGUGCAUAAACAUAAGAUAAAUUGCAUAAUAAUAACAACGAUAAUGAUAAAAAUAAUGAGGAGGAUGAUGAUGAUGAUGAUAAUGAUAAUAACAAUGAUAAUAAUAUGCACAACUUUGUAAUUGAAAUGUUAUAUUGUAUGUACGUUGUUUUUAUCAGCCUAUUUUGAUUGGCUUGUGAAAUAAAGAUGAAAUGAAAAGAUGAAAUUUAAUG